AUGAGCAAACACACCACACCUUCGCAAACAACAGCACCACCACCACCACUAGCAGCAGCACCACAGCCGUUCUGGUUUGGUGGAGCAGCCUCUUGUGUGGCAACCUUUGUUUCCCAUCCCUUUGACCUCACCAAAGUCCAAUACGCCACCAGAUCCUUGAGACCUACUCGAAUGGUGAAGACGAUGUGGACUAUUUACCACACCGAGGGAGUUCGUGCAUUGUACAGCGGUUUAUCAGCUAGUCUAUUGCGUCAGGGUACUUAUUCUACUAUCCGCUUUGGUCUCUACGAUCGAUUCAAAUGGAUGGUAGCCGGAGACAAGAAACCCACCUUCUCUCAACUGUUGAUUUGCUCUACUGCUGCUGGAAUUCUCGGAGGCGCAUUUGGUAAUCCAAGUGAUGUAGUCAACGUUCGAAUGCAGAACGACGGUCAACUGCCCCCAGCCGAGCGGCGCAAUUAUCGAAAUGCAAUUGACGGCAUGAUACGGAUCUGCCGGGAAGAAAGCCCUCGUGUAUUAUUGAGAGGCCUUGGGUCAAGUACCAACCGCGCUGUUCUGAUGACAGUCUCGCAGAUGGCAAGCUACGAUGUCUUUAAAGAUCUAUUCCUUGGUAAACUGGGUUGGAAAGAAGGACUUCCAACUCAUUUUGCCACCAGUCUAUUAGCAGGUCUGGUAGCCACUACUGUAUGUGCUCCUCUUGAUGUGGUGAAAACUAGAAUAAUGAGUGCCCACGCUCAUGAUGGAAAACAUCCUCUCAGAAUCAUGCUUCACAUGGUAAAAACAGAAGGCUUUGGAUCCCUAUUCCGCGGUUGGAUGCCAGCGUUCGUGCGACUUGGACCCCACACAAUUGUGACUUUUAUGGUUCUUGAAAGGAUGAGAGAAUGGCACACUCAAUGGAUAAGACCAGCAAAUCAGACCCUUGAGACCCUUUAA